AUGGACAUCGACGACCAAUCUUCUUUCGAACAAACUCAUACAGAUAUAUCUUUUAAUAUUAAGGAUUUUUGCACCGAUGAUCAAUCAGAGAUAAUGGAAAUUGAUGAGCAAUCUUCUUUUGAAAAUUAUGAAAUGACUGAUGAAGAAAAUGAUCAAACCCAUACAGAUAUAUCUUUUAACUUGAAAGAACUUAAAACUGGUGGCCUACGUGCUUCAACGAUAUUUGACGAGAAAUCUCCUAUCGAAACUUACGAAAUUGUUGAUUUAAGUACGAGAAGGAUUCUUGACCACUUUCUUCUUGUACUUGGUUCUAAUAAUACAACAGACACUGAUCAGAUUUCUAAUCAAGCUCGAAUAAUCAAUGAUUUAAUUAAAAAAUCACCAUUUAUAACUGUGCACAGUAAAGACCAAUCUGUGCGAUUAAAACCAAAAACGGAAUAUUCUGUUCAAGCACUUGAUUCAGUUUAUGCUAGAACUCGCACAACUGGACAUGGCAAUUGUUUAUAUAGUUCUCUUUCGAUAAUAAAUAUCGGGUCUGAAAAACUAACGCAUUCGAUGAGAUUGUUGGCAGUCAAUGCAAUGAUUAAUAGUAGAGACUAUUUCGAAAAACUUUGUAAAUUAUUGCACUAUUCUUUUGAAGAACAGUUGAAAAGAACUGCUAUGAAUACAAUAUGGGCUGGAGAAGUUCAAAUUCAAGCGCUUUCUAUAGCUCUAUUUCAUCCUAUCUAUUCAUAUAUGUAG